CGGACUACUUCUGUUUACGUUGGUUUACGUCAGCCAUGUCGGGUUUCCCAUCAAUGGACUGUCAAGGAUUUUUACUGGUUGUUGCAAUCAGUUGCAAUAGAGAUUUCACUUCUUAGCAGGGGGACUUCUUAGUUUAGUUUGAGUUUGAGUUCAUUCGUUCAAGUUGAUUUUAAACGUAAGCACAACAAUGGCUUUAGUCAGUAAUUUAUUAAAGUAUAGUUUAAGCGUUAGUACGAAAAUAGUGAGAAAUUCAAAAUUUAGAAAUGUACAUACAACAGGUUCAUUAUUUAAUCAAAAACUAGUUAAGGUCACCUUCAUCCGAGCCAAUGGUGAUAAAAUAGAAACAAAAGGAAAAAUUGGUGACUCUUUAUUAGAUGUUGUAGUGAACAACAACCUUGAUAUUGAUGGAUUUGGUGCAUGUGAGGGUACACUCACAUGUUCCACUUGUCAUUUGAUAUUAGAUCCUGACGUGUACAAAUCAUUACCUGAAGGCCCAUGCGAGGAGGAGAAUGAUAUGCUGGAUUUGGCAUACGAAGUUUCUGAAACAUCACGCUUGGGUUGCCAAAUAAUUUUAAGUGAAAAGCUAGAUGGGUUGGAAGUAAAAUUACCAUCAACUAUUAACGAUGCUAGAGAGAAUUAAAAUAAAAUUGCUACUUUAUUGAAUUUGCAACUCAGCAUGUAAAUUAUAGAAUUUUAUAUUGUUUAUUGA